UAUACAGCGAUCUGUUAACAGUCCCACCACGUCUACUCCGUGUGUUUCUCUGCACAGGCCCGGUGCACCCAGGACGCGAUCUUCCCAGAUGUCCUUCACUGCGACGCCGGGACACCACGGACCCUGGGUGCAUCCACAGCGGAGGACGCGAGCCGGGUCCCGGGCGACGACUUCUCCCCCUCCUGCCUUCGACAUCUCCAUCCGGAACCGCUUCGCUCCCCUCCGCGAGACAGGACGCGACGCUGUGAUCAUCGGAGACUCCAUCGUCCGACACGUAAGUGCUACGUUAGCCGAAGGUAAAGUGCACACUCAUUGUUUGCCUGGUGCUCGUGUUCUCGAUGUUUCUGCGCAGAUACCCGCGAUCCUGAAGGUCGACGAGAGCCCCAGAGCGGUCGUGCUUCACGCCGGGGUUAACGACACCACGCUGCGGCAGACGGCGACGCUGAAGAGGGACUUCAGCAGCCUGAUCGAGACGGUUCGCAGCACGACGCCCGCGGCGACGAUCGUCGUGUCAGGACCACUGCCCACGUAUCGACGAGGACACGAAAGGUUCAGUAGACUUUUUGCUUUAAAUGAAUGGUUGUUGUCAUGGUGUAAAGAACAGAAACUGCUAUUUGUUAAUAACUGGAAUCUUUUCUGGGAGCGUCCUAGGCUGUUUCGCGCUGAUGGAUUACACCCCAGCAGAAUCGGAGCGGAGCUGCUCUCUGACAACAUCUCCAGGACACUUCGCUCCAUGUGACUAGAUUUACACAAGCUCCAGUCUGGAUCCAGAACACCUGAGAAGAGAUGAUGCUGACCAUCAGAGGACCUCAGAUGAUGCUUACCCUGA